AGUUACACUAUAUGCCGGCAGAGGUGUCCGUGGUAAAGUUCGCAAUGUCUGUUGCCUAAUUCCUCCGACUGCUAGCUCCACCAUCUCACUCAACCAAUAUGGCUCGUCUCCAAGACCACAUGCGAGCCGUUGUCGACGGACGCACGUGUGGGAUACCGAUUCGAGGCAGUCAACAUGAAGGAUGUCGACGCGUUUAAAAGCAGUGGCAUCUCCCCCGGAGAGGGAGAGUAGGAAUCAAACAAACAUUUCACUCUACGUCGCUUUACAACAAUGAGGGUCAGCUCCCUACUCGUGGCUGCUGCCGCCGCGAGCGCCCAUGCCUACACCACGAAUUCGCAAAUCCGCCUAGCCUACCACGGCGAUAGUGGCAUGAUGGUCAGCUGGAACACCUUCAAUCACGUCGAGAACCCUUCUGUCCACUGGGGCCUUUCGAAGGACCGUCUGAACAACAUUGCGACGUCCAACGUCUCGAUAACGUAUCCCACUUCGACGACCUACAAUAACCACGUGCUGAUCAACGACCUUCGGCCCGACACGACUUACUUCUAUAAGCCGUCGCCGCUCAUGAAGAGCAACUCGACCGACAUCUUCAACUUUACGACGAGCCGUAGGGCUGGUGACAACACCCCCUUCUCGGUCGCCGUCGUCGUCGACCUCGGUACGAUGGGUAGCAAGGGCCUGACCACAUCCGCGGGCGCCCCCGUGGCGAGUACCAACAUUCUUCAGCCAGGAGAGCGGAACACCAUCGACUCGCUGGAAAGCAGCCUCGCUGACUUCGACUUCCUCUGGCAUGCGGGCGACAUUGCGUACGCGGACUACUGGCUCAAGGAAGAGAUCCAGCAAUUUCUGCCCAACACAACGAUUCAGGGAGGGGCCGCGGUGUACGAGUCCAUUCUGAACGAGUUCUACGACGAAAUGAUGGCCAUCACCGCCAGCAAGCCGUACAUGGUGGGCCCCGGCAAUCACGAGGCGAACUGUGACAAUGCUGGCACCAAGGACAAGGCGCACAACAUCACGUACGAUAGCAGUAUCUGCAUGCCGGGCCAGACCAACUUCACCGGCUUCAAGAACCACUUCCGCAUGCCUAGCGACGUCUCCGGCGGCACCGGGAACUUCUGGUACAGCUUCGACCACGGCAUGGUGCACUUCAUCCAGCUCGAUACCGAGACCGACCUGGGCCAUGGCUUCAUCGGCCCCGACGAGACCGGCGGAUCCGAGGGUUUUUUCAAUGUGGACCCGGUCAAUGCGACGAUGAACGCGCAGACCACCUGGCUGGAAGCCGAUCUGGCGGCCGUUGACCGCUCCAAGACUCCAUGGGUUAUUGUGGCCGGCCACCGGGCCUUGUACCUCAGCAACACCGAUGAUACCUGCUCCACGUGCAAGGACGUCUUCGAGCCGUUGUUGAUAAAGUACAAGGUCGACCUGGUGCUGUCGGGCCAUUCGCACAUCUACGAGCGCCUGGCACCACUGGCCGAGGGCAAGGAGGAUCCCAACGGCCUGGAGAAUCCCACCUUCCCCUGGUACAUCACCAACGGCGCAGCUGGCCACUACGACGGCCUCGACGUCCUGGAGAGCCCCCGCCAGCCUUACAGCCGCUUCGGCCUCGACACGACCAACGCCACCUACGGCUGGAGUCGCCUGACCUUCCACAACUGCACUCACCUGACUCACGAUUUCGUCGCCAGCAACAACAACACCGUCCUCGACUCCGCCACUCUGUUCAAGGCCCGUCCUUGGUGCGCAUCGAGCUCGAGCAACCACGGUGAGCACUGCAACCACGGUGAGGACUGCUAGUGGCAUCGGGAAGACCUCAACCACACUGGCUGGUUCGGCGAUUGCGUUGCUGGUCGCUGCCUUAUACGUUCUGUGAAGCACCAGAUGUGGCGCUCUGUAGGUGCGAGAGGAGUACAUGUAGGAAUCGCACGCAAGCGAGUCUAACCCUUUGCACGAGUGUCUUGGAAACGUGGAUACGUGUAAUAUAGGUCUAUAGGAGUAUCUCUCACGUUUAUACCCUUUUAGUUUACCUCUCGCCGUCAACUUGCGUGAUGUUUGUGACCACGAUUCUGUCCUCAGUCAACUCCAACAACACCUUCUGAUUGGCGGGAUCCAUCAUUUCAUAACGAGCGGAAGCUGGCGCGUGCAGUGGUCUUCUCGCCACGGUAAGUAUUGUCGUAGGAGACGAGCCGCCAGGUCUUUUAGCGCGACCAGCAUCAAG